GCUGCAGAUCAUCUCAGGUGCGCCAAGGAAACUCAUCUCUUCUUUUCAUCUUUUACCAGAUUUGAGUUUUUCUACAAAAUGUCUGAAUCCGACAGCAGUGAUGAAGAAUUAGUUGAAAUACUUUUUCCUACACUGAUUGCUUUUAGUUUAGUGUCUCCAAAAAUCAUUCUCAACAAGCUCCAAGGAUUUGUCAGAAACAUCCAAUGGAGCACAAAGGAUGUAACUGAAUUAUUCAAAGCUCUUCUGGAGCGGUUUGAGUCAACAACACAAGACAGAUCACAUCUCUUCUCAUGGAUGUUGAACAUGUUGCAGUGUAUAGAGAUUAAUUACAUCACUCCAGGUUGGAAAAGUCAAACAGGAAAGACUCUUAUCCAGCUGGUCCGAGACAAGUCUGUAACAGAUGAACACCUUAAGAAAAAUGUUGCCGAUGCCCCGGAAAAGUCCCUGGACGAAAUCCUUGAGGAAAUCCGACAACAAAAGUUAAACCACAUUGACGACAAACUUUUGAAAGACGUGAGAGACAUUGUAUCAGCAGUUGAUGAGGAUCUGACUUCUCCUAGUGAUGGAUCACAGAGGAAUGACCUGAAAAAAGUAUUGCUAAAUCUUUGUAGGGCAGUGGAAGAAAGUCUGAAGUUCAGACCGCGACUGACACAGAUGGUGAGCUGGUGUAUAAUGGCUCUUUCCAGAACAGGGCAGUUAAUUCAGGUUGGCACUGGAGAGGGAAAGUCAUGUAUAAUUGCAAUGUUUGCAGCUUUUCGAGCUUUGAAAGGAGAAGAAGUAGACAUCUUCACUAGUUCACCAGUUCUUGCAGAAAGAGAUUUUUUAGAAUGGAAAGGGUUUUAUAAUGUGUUGAAGAUCAGAGUCAACUGCAAUACCAACAAACAAGUUGAACACUUAAAAGAGUGCUACGAGUGUAAAGUGGUAUAUGGUACUGCUGAGGCAUUUGCUGGACAUUGGCUAGGCAAGCGCUUUGAAAGAAUAGACACAUUUGAGCAAAGGAAAUUCCAGUGUGCAAUAGUGGAUGAAGUAGAUUCCUUGAUGCUAGAUAAAGGUAAUCACUUUGUCUAUAUAGCCAGCGAUAUGCCUGCUUUGCAACAUCUCAAUCCACUCCUGGCAUUCAUAUGGACGACUGCAAAAAAAUACAGUAAUGGCUUUCGUCAGUACAUUUAUUCUGAUACAGAGAGUAAGGUAAGGGCUGCAGAAGAAGAAAUAAAACAUGCUCUGCAUUUUACACCUUGUGAGCUCAACGAAGAUCGAAUAGCGUGUUAUGUCCCAGGUUUCCUUGCAGAUCUGGUCAACUCCAAACUAAAGGUUUGGAUUGAAAAUGCAUUCGAAGCACAAACCAUGAAACAGGAUCAUGAAUAUACCCUCGAGAAACAUGGGAUAGUGCCUGUUGACUACAGCUCCACAGGUGUUGUUGAAAACUUCAGGGUAAUGCAAGAUGGACGACAGCAGUUUCUUGAGAUGAAACAUAAGUACAAGCUGAGUGACAUGACGGCCAUCACAAACUAUAUGUCCAAUGUGGGCCUUUUUAUGAAGUACAAAGAUCAGAUCUUUGGGAUUUCUGGAACUCUCGGCCAACAAGCAGAGACUGACACUUUGGAGAAAAUCUAUGAAGGUGUCAAGACCUGUCAGAUACCUGCUUUCAAACGCAGAAAGCUGUUUGAGGUUGAAGGAGUGAUUGUAAGUGACGAAGAAGAAUGGAUUGAGGAAAUCUGUAAAGCUGUAUUGGCAGAAACAAACCCAACUCCAUAUAGGGCUCAAAGAGCUGUGUUGGUCAUUUGUGAGACCAUCCAAUAAGCAAAGGACCU